AUGCAGCUGAUCAAGUUGGUCAUCGCCGCUCUGCCGGCCCUGGCUCUUGCCGAUACCAGCGCCGCACCAACGACGACAUACACUUACACCAACACCAUGACCAUGGUCAAGACCAUCACUCUCGCCCAAGUCCAUACCGUUACCUCAACCUGGGACACCAACUCGACUACGACUACCUUUGCGCCUACUGGUGGGAUGACGUCUUUCACACCCCCGGCUGCCACCACUGCACCAGCUCCUGCCACGAAAGGACCCGAUAACGCUGCUGGUGUCCUCGAUGCCACCAAGGUCGCCUUUGCUGGUGUUGCUGGCAUGUUGGUCGUUGCACUGAUGUAA